AUGUCGACUAGUGUUGUUUCCGCCCCUCGACCGGCCCCUCCAGGGCAACCAGGGCCGGGUACCAGAUACGUCGAUACCGACACCCUCAGAACCUCCUUCGCCCUUGCUAUGUCUGCUAUGUACAAGUCUGAGGUGCCUUUAUAUAGCGACCUGGUCCAGAUUGUUCAGGGAGUCAACCGAGAAGCGCAGAUCAGGAGAUUAAAUGGCCUCGACGAAUCGGCUGCUAUGGAGACAAGUACCGAGCGUCUCACUCUCGAAAGACAUGGCGCUAUUCGCCUCGGAACCACUAAGGAGCUUCACACCGUCAGGCGCAUCUUCGCCCUCCUCGGGAUGUAUCCUGUUGGUUACUACGACCUUUCAGCGGCCGGAUUACCUAUGCACGCAACCUGCUUCCGACCGAUAUCGACCGAGUCCCUUCAGCGCAAUCCCUUUCGAGUUUUCACGACUCUUCUCCGUCCGGAGUUACUCACCUCGGGAACGGCUCGUGAUGUUUCUUUGGACCUCCUCGAGAAGCGCAAUAUUUUCAGUGGUGUCCUUAUGGAACUUCUAAUUACUGCUGAAAAUAACUCGGACGGACGUCUGACCUCCGAGCAGGGAGAACAGUUUAUAUCUGAAGCCCUAAAAACAUUCAGCUGGCAGCCUCUUGCUGCAGCAACCUACGAGGAAUAUAGUUUGUUACGAAGCGAGCACCCAGUUCUUGCAGAUAUUGCCUGCUUCGGCUCUUCACAUAUCAACCAUCUCACACCACGGGCCUUGGAUAUUACCGCUGCCCAGAAAGCCAUGGUUGCCGCUGGUAUGGCAGUCAAGAGCCGUAUUGAGGGCCCGCCACCAAGGAAAUGCCCCAUACUCCUCCGACAAACAAGCUUUCUUGCUCUUAAAGAGAGCAUUCGCUUCGCUGUAACUGGACAAGAGACCUUUAUGGACGGGUUUCACAAGGCUAGAUUUGGCGAGAUCGAGGAAAGGGGCGCCGCAGUGACCCCCGCUGGUCGGCAACUUUAUGAUGAGUUGUUAAAUGAGACAAUGGAGACAGCCCAGAAAACCGGGAAAAGUCAUGAUCCGGUCGCUGUGGACCAGAUUCUGAAGCAAGUCUUCCAGAAAUAUCCUGAUGACUGGAACGAGCUACGGCGCCGGGGCCUUGUGUACUUAGAGUAUAAGUGCACAUCUGACGCAAGGGCCAAGGUGAAGAGUCUGUCAGGUUUAAGCACUACAGAGCCGUCUGCCUUUUUAGACCGACUUGUCUCUGAAGGCAUUUUGAAGGCCUUGCCCAUCACAUACGAGGACUUUCUGCCAUUCUCAGCCGCAGGCAUAUUCCAAUCCAAUCUGCAGUCAAGUAGCGCAGGGGAACCGGCUGUUACGACCAAUAUGUCAGUGAAGUCGAACUUGGAAGCCUACGAGAAUGCCCUCCAGACGAAGAUUCUUGAUUCAAGUAAGCUUUAUGAGCUGACGCAAAACAUGAGCCUGGACCGGUGCGCCGAGGAAUUGGAGUUGAGCCUGGACAUGAGGCACUGCUUUUCUUGA